CCUCAUCCCUAACCUUACCCAGCCAUUGUCGAUUCUUUUUCUUCACGAAGAAGACACAACAGAACAAUUUUCGUUCCCAAGGGUUUUGGAGAGAGAACAACAACAACAACAAGAACGAAUUUUGAUAGUAAAUUAAUCUCAACCCCUGAUACAAUUUCAAAUUUUCAUGGUCUCAAGGGGGAGAAUGGGAGCGGCUUCAGAGAAAUUGCUACAGGACAUGCUGUUGUACGCUGCUAGCGCGGCUCUCAGUUGUUUGGUAUUGUUCGUCGGGCUUCGCCAACUCGACCCGAAUCGCGAGGCGUCGAAGAAAGCCCUUGAACAUAAGAAGGAGAUUGCCAAGCGUCUAGGUCGUCCCCUCAUUCAAACCAACCCUUACGAGGAUGUUAUAGCCUGUGAUGUUAUUAAUCCUGACCACAUUGAUGUGGAAUUUGGGUCUAUUGGGGGACUGGAAUCAAUCAAGGAAGCUUUGUUUGAACUUGUUAUUCUACCUCUAAAAAGACCUGACUUGUUUUCACAUGGUAAGCUUCUUGGACCGCAAAAAGGGGUCCUAUUGUAUGGACCCCCUGGCACAGGAAAAACCAUGCUUGCCAAAGCUAUUGCCAAGGAGUCAGGAGCAGUUUUUAUUAAUGUGAGGAUAUCAAACCUGAUGAGCAAAUGGUUUGGGGACGCCCAAAAGCUUGUUGCUGCUGUAUUUAGCUUGGCUCAUAAACUCCAGCCUGCCAUCAUAUUCAUUGAUGAAGUUGACAGUUUUCUGGGUCAACGUCGAACAACAGAUCAUGAAGCUUUGUUGAACAUGAAAACUGAGUUCAUGGCUCUUUGGGACGGAUUUACCACCGAUCAGAAUGCUCGAGUUAUGGUCCUUGCAGCUACUAAUCGUCCUUCAGAACUUGAUGAAGCAAUACUUCGACGGCUUCCUCAAUCCUUUGAAAUUGGAAUGCCAGACCAGAGUGAGAGGGCAGAGAUAUUAAAGGUUAUCUUAAAGGGUGAGAGGGUUGAAGAUAACAUAGACUUUGGUCACAUAGCUGCCCUAUGUGAGGGUUACACUGGUUCAGAUCUAUUUGAUCUAUGCAAGAAGGCUGCCUAUUUUCCUAUUAGAGAACUUCUCGAUGAUGAGAAGAAAGGGAAACGAUCUCCUUUUCAGGCAUCUAGACCUCUGUCAGAGUUAGAUUUAGCGAAAGCCCUUGCCACUUCACGAAAGACAAAGGUUGCUGCAAAUGAAUAUGGUGGAUUAAACCUAAGAGUGCAAGGCGAGUCAGAGUAAGCUAAGAUUCAUGGUCAAGUUGCCAACAUCCAUCAAUGAUUGAGACCUUGGGGAAAUAACUGGCAUUGAAGUGGGUUCUGCAGCUUAUACGUAAAGCAGUGUGGGUCAGUUAUCAUCCCUGGCUCUCUGGUCCACUUGUAUAUGAUGAUGAUGAUUAACACAAACCCUUUAAAUUUGCAAGCUGUUCCAUCACCAUUCAUUCAUUAUAGUUAGGACCACAAAUUUGUACCUUUUUUUUAACAAGAACAUAUUUCUUCCGGGACUGCAGGACCACCACUUAGGGGUGUAUCUUCUUCAGUGUGUGGCUUGUUUGAUGUUUUUCUCGUGGUUACAUUAUUACUUAAACCACUUUUAAGGUUUCAGAAACAAGGUAAACAUGGAAAUAAAUUCUAGAUAACCACCACCCA